AUGGCUCCCUCACGACUCUCACCAGAACCCGUACACGCCGAGGACGCCCCCGGCCUAACCUCGAAGCAAAUAGCCUCGUUCUGGCGCGAUGGCUACCUGAUAAUCCCAUCCUACCUCUCUAAAGAGACAUGCAUAGAGCUCUUGUCAAGAACAGCCCAGCUCCUGACCGACUUCCCGCUCGCAGACCACCCCCUCACCCGUUUCACGACCGGGACGGACGAGAAUGGCGAUUCUACAUCAGCCAGGCAUGUCGGAGACGACUAUUUUCUCACGUCUGGUGACAAAGUACGGUUUUUCUUUGAGGAGGAUGCUUUCGAUGUCAAGACAGGGGAGCUGAACAAGCCCAAGGAGCGGGCUAUCAACAAGAUCGGUCAUAAUCUUCACGCACUUGUGCCCGAAUUUGGCAGCAUCUCACACCAAGGCGAGAUCGGUCGGAGGAAUGCUGCCAUCGCCAAGGAUUUGGGCUACAAGGAUCCCAGGUUACUGCAGAGUAUGGUAAUAUGCAAACAGCCCGAGAUCGGUGGCGCUGUUCCUCCUCAUCAGGACAGCACCUUUCUAUACACGAAUAAGCCGUCAGCUGUCGGGUUCUGGAUUGCGCUGGAAGAUGCAACGGUGGAAAACGGGUGUCUGAGUUUCGCUCCAGGCAGUCAUCGGAGGGCACCAGUAAAGGAGAGGUUCGUGCGGAGAACGGAUGGGCAAGGCACAACGUUCGAACCAGUGCCGGAAGACUGCCGAUGGCCUCGUGGGCAUGAUCAUGAAGCUGAACCGCGAGAGACGGAGGAGUAUAUCCUAGGCGAGGUAGAGGCAGGAACCCUGGUCCUCAUCCAUGGCAAUAUCCUGCACAAGUCUGAGAAGAAUCUGAGUCAAAAAGGCCGGGUUAUAUAUACAUUUCACUGUAUCGAAGGUGAAGAGCAUUACGAUGAGAAGAACUGGUUGCAGAUACCAGGCGGGCCUGGCAAGUUUACGAUGCUGGAUGGCAAGGCGUAG